AUGGGUUCCGCACCAGCACCAGUGCUGCAUCUGCGCUCAGAGCAAAAGCCUCUCGAACACCGCUCCGCUCUAACACCAACAACAGCCAAAGCUCUCAUCGACGCCGGCUACACAGUUAACGUCGAGCGCUCCCCUAUCCGCAUCUUCGACGACGCCGAGUUCUCCGCCAUUGGCGCCAACCUCGUCGACGAAUACUCCUACCCCAACGUCCCCUCCGACCACAUCAUAGUCGGCCUCAAAGAGCUCCCCGAAGAAUCCUUCCCCCUCCCACACACCCACGUUCAAUUCGCACACUGCUAUAAGAACCAAGGCGGCUGGCAAAAUGUCCUCUCCCGCUUUCCGCGCGGCGGCGGCACACUACUCGACCUCGAAUUCCUCACCGACGACAAAGGCCGCCGCGUCGCCGCAUUCGGCUACCACGCAGGCUACGCCGGCGCCGCCCUCGCCGUCGCAGCGUGGUCACACGCGCUCACCAACCCGUCCUCCCCAGCCAAGAUGCCCGCCGUGAGGCCCUACGCCAACCAAGACCUCCUCCUCGACGACAUCCGCGCCCGCCUAGCGGAAGGCGAAAAGCUCGCCAACCGCAAGCCCCGCGUCCUUGUCAUCGGCGCACUCGGCCGCUGCGGUCGUGGCGCCGUCGACCUGUGCAAGCAAGCCGGCAUUCCUGACUCAAACAUCCUCAAGUGGGAUAUGGCCGAGACCGCCAAGGGUGGUCCCUUCACCGAGAUCGUCGAGAGCGACAUCUUCGUCAACUGCAUCUACCUCUCCGAGCCCAUUCCACCGUUCCUCAACAAGGAGUCCCUCUCCUCUCCCAACCGCAAGCUCUCCGUGGUGUGCGAUGUCAGCUGCGAUACCACGAACCCGCAUAACCCGAUCCCGAUCUACACUGAGAACAGCACCUUCAGUGAUCCAGUGUUGCCUGUAGAGGGGUAUGCGGAUCCACCGCUGAGUGUCAUCAGUAUAGACCACCUGCCGAGUCUAUUACCGAGGGAGGCGAGCGAGGCUUUCAGUGAUGCACUGCUGCCGAGUCUGCUGCAGUUGAAGGAUCGUAAGGAGAGUCGGGUGUGGGUGCAGGCCGAGGAGCUGUUCCAGAAGCAUGUUGCGAGGUUAGAUCCGGAGUUGCAGAAGCGUGAAACGUGA